AUGGUCUGGAUCACGAAGAGAGCGGCGGCAAUGAUCGCCCUCAGCUUCUUUCUACCAGCCCACGCGGUACCUCAUCCUCUGGACAGCGCACAUUCUCCCAAAACUCCAUCGUUAGCUCAAGCCAAGAACUUCGCAGGCAUGACUCCAGGAAAUUCAAACCAACUCAUGAAGGCCAAGGACAGUCUGGACAGUCUGGACACUGUGGACGAAGAGGAUCAUGCGCCUCCCCCCGCGCAGAAGUACUGUCUCUGCGUGGACCCAGGCCAAAGCCAAGCAGAUACGACAGCCACAAACAAAGUCUGUGGAGGAUACGGCAACAAUAUCAACAACUCACGCAAGGGCCCUACGGGUGCUACUUUUACCUCAUGCGAGAAUAUCUACGAAGAGUCUUUCACCGCAUUCGGCAACAGCUGCAUCAUGUUUUAUGGUCAUGCGUCGCCGGGCAAUGGGAAAGAAGGCGCUAUAUGUUGUACGACCACUGGAACGGAGGCCGGGGGCCAGUGCAACCUCUAUCACUGA